AUGGCAGGAUUACAGACCCGGCCCACCAUGUCCCUCCCAUUCUCGCUCUCUGCGGCUUUCCGCAACAUCUCGUUAACAUCCUCCACUCGCUCAUUCUCCACGACUACCGCUGCACAAAAGACGAAGACACUCCCCGACUACAUUCCUCCUUAUCCCUACGGCCCGAACUAUGUCUACAAGCAAUCUAACACGGGGUUGUAUGGGGGUGCGAUGAUCCAGUUCGGAAACAAAAUCUCGCAAGGGCGAAAUGAGGGCAAGACCCGACGCAUGUGGAAACCGAACGUCCGGCGAAAGAAGCUUUGGAGCGAUGCGCUUGAGGAUUUCGUGUUUAUAAAGAUUACACGGAAAGCAUUACGGACGAUCAGAAAGUCUGGCGGGCUCGACAACUACCUUCUAGACGACCGGCCGGGCCGUGUGAGGGAGAUGGGUAUUUUUGGAUGGCAAUUGAGAUGGCAGUUGAUGCAGACUCCGAAGAUCCAAGAACAAUUCCGGGAGGAGAGGAAACGGCUGGGGCUACCAGAGCCUCUGUCAUUUGAGGAGUUCGUGAAGCAGAAGGAGGCUGAGGCUCAAGCGAAGGGCGAGGACAAGACCAACAUCAAGGGCGAAACACAGCCAAUCUACAACGAGAAGCUGUACUAA